AUGGAACUCCUCCUCCUGCUGCUGCUGCUGCUCCAGUUCGGGGAAGGGUCCUUUUCUCAACAGAAGCAAGAGUUUGGGAUUCAUAUCCAGAAGAGAGUGACCGUGCAGGAGUGGCUGUGUGUCUCCAUCCCCUGUUCUUUCUACUAUCCUCCAAAAUACAAGAAUAAUGACACAGGCCAUGGAUACUGGUACCACAGAGAAUUCUUAAACACACCCGUGGCCACCAAUGACCCCCAAAAGGCUGUCGAGUCCUGGGCGAAGGGCCGGUUCUACUUUAUUGGGAACCCCCAAAUGGAUGACUGCUCCCUGAGAAUUACCGGGGCCAAGAAACGUGAUCAGGGGGUUUAUGAGUUCCGUAUAGAAAAGGGAAACCUGACCUACAGUUACACAAAUGACAGAGUGUUCAUCCAGGUAGAAAAUCUGACCCAGAAGCCAGAGAUCCACAUGCCAGAGAUCUUGGAACCCAGCCAAAUGGUGACCUUGACCUGUGUGGCUCCUGGAGCCUGUAGAAAUGAGACACCCAUCACUUUCUUCUGGAAUGGGACUGCUCUCUCUUCCCAGAGACUGGCCUCACCAAAUACCAGUUUCUCCAAACUCCUGUUCACCCCCCAGCCACAGGAUGAUGGCACUAAUCUUACCUGUUGGGUGACAUUCCCAAAAGCCACAGUGAGCACAGGGAGAACUGUCCAGCUCAGGGUUGCUGAUAGAGGCCCACCAAGUUCCAGUCUCUUUUUGGAAACAGUGAUGCAAGGAGCCCUGGUUGUAUUCAUCUUGGUUGCUGUGCUCUUCAUUUGCCUGGUGAUUUGCCUUGUGAAAAUGAUGAGGAGAAAACAGCCAGAGGGAGACGCGGGGGCCUCAGUGUCCAGCACCAACCAGCUCUCUAAUGGAAUCCCACUGGAUCAACAUGAGAAUUCUGUACAGCACACCAGCUCAGAGAUCCCUCCCCAAGUUGUGCUGACCCCCUGCUCACAGGAUAAGGAGGACCAGGUACAAUAUGCCUCUAUCUCCUUCCAAGCCCAGAAGCCCCAAAAGAUCUGCAAAUCAGAAGGCACAAACACUGAGUACUCAGACCUCAAGUUCCAAUGAGGAAGCUAGAAGAAGGGGUGAGGGGAAUGAUGAAAAGUGUCUGGGAUCAGAGAUCAUCCAUAAAAAAAGGUGACUAAUAAUGCUGCCAGAUGAUAUUUAUUGACUCCAUCAACAGACAUUUAUCCAUAUUAGGCGCUGUGAUGGGAAUGCAAGAGAAGGACAAGGCAUGGUCCCCCAUGAUCUUCUAAGAUGAAUAGGCA